UAUAUCAAGAAUUGAGUCCACAAGAAUUGUAUAAAAAUAAAAUGUGCAUACAUAUAAAUUCCUUUCUUAUAUAUGAAUCGAAGUCAGACCAGCGUUGUAGCCGGAGGUGACGACGACGACUAGGGAUCGAAGCGACGUCGUUUUAUGGUGAGAUAUGGACGUGGCUAAGCUUGACAUGCAGAAGAAGAAGCAGCUAAAGGAGAACAUACUAAAGCUAGUUGAAAAAGAUAACGAGAGUUUCCUUCGGAGACUCAGGGACAGAACUAAUAGGGUGGGAAUUGAGAUUCCAAAGAUUGAAGUUAGGUAUGAAGAUUUAUCAGUUGAAGGAGAUGCCCAUGUUGGGAGCAGAGCUCUUCCAACUCUACUUAAUGCUACCUUAAACACCAUAGAGGGUGUACUAGGAUUGGUUCAUAUAGCACCGUCGAAGAAGAGAAAACUUCAGAUACUCAAAGAUAUCAGUGGAAUCAUCAAACCCUCUAGGAUGACUCUACUUCUGGGACCUCCAGGUGCUGGAAAAACAACCUUGUUGCAGGCAGUUGCAGGGAAACUUGAUCAGAAUUUAAGGGUAUCUGGGAAAGUGACCUACUGUGGACAUGAAUUCAAUGAAUUUGUUCCACAAAGAACAUGUGCUUACAUUAGUCAACAUGAUCUUCACUUUGGAGAGAUGACAGUAAGAGAGACAUUCGAUUUUUCAGGGAGAUUUUUAGGUGUUGGUUCAAGGUAUGAAAUAUUAGAACAACUUUCCAAAAGGGAAAAAGAAGCAGGAAUUGAGCCAGAUAUUGAGAUUGACACAUUCAUGAAGGCCACAGCUGUAUCAGGCCAAGAGACUAGUUUAAUUACAGAUUAUGUUCUCAAGAUUCUUGGAUUGGAGAUUUGUGCUGAUACCAUAGUUGGUGAUGUAAUGAGAAGAGGUAUUUCUGGUGGUCAGAAAAAGCGAGUGACAAUAGGAGAGAUGCUGGUAGGUCCAGCCAGGGUUUUAGUAAUGGAUGAAAUUUCAACAGGACUAGACAGUGCCACCACUUAUCAAAUAUGCAACUACAUGAGACAAAUGGUUCAUAUUUCAUAUUUAACAACAGUCAUCUCUCUUCUACAGCCAGCACCAGAGACAUAUGAGCUUUUUGAUGAUAUCAUAUUACUUUCAGAAGGUCAAGUUGUGUACCAAGGUCCGAGAGAGAAUGUACUAGAGUUUUUCGAGUACAUGGGAUUCAAAUGCCCGAACAGAAAAGGAGUUGCUGAUUUUCUCCAAGAAGUAACUUCCAAGAAAGAUCAAGAGCAGUACUGGUUCAAAACUGACCAACCUUACAUAUUCAUUUCGGUUUCUGAGUUCUCAAACUCCUUCAAGUCUUUCCACAUAGGAAAGCAACUCUCAGAUGAUCUUAAGGUCCCAUAUGACAAGUCUAAAGCCCCAAAAACUGAAUUAACAAGAGACAAGUACGGAAUAUCAAACUGGGAACUUUUCAAAGCUUGUUUUUCAAGAGAAUGGUUGUUAAUGAAGCAUAACUAUUUUGUGUAUGCAUUCAAGAUUGCGCAGAUAACAAUCACAUCAAUAAUUGCUUUGACCGUUUUCUUUAGGACAGAAAUGCCAGUUGGUACUUUACAAGAUGGAGGAAAAUUUCUUGGAGCUCUCUAUUUUAGUCUACUUAAUGUAAUGUUUAAUGGGUUGGUGGAGAUGGCUAUGACUGUUAUGAGGCUUCCUGUCUUUUAUAAACAGAGGGAUUUCUUGUUUUACCCCGCUUGGGCCUUCGCCUUGCCUAUUUUAGUCUUGAGGAUUCCUCUGUCAUUUGUAGAGACAGCAGUUUGGAUCAUUCUAACAUACUACACAAUAGGAUAUGCUCCAGAUGCUAGCAGAUUUUUCAAACAGUUCUUGGUACUCUUUGCCAUACAUCAGACAGCCUUAUCGCUCUUUCGCCUAGUUGCUUCAAUUGGAAGAACUCAUAUUGUUUCAAAUACAUUGGGAAUUUUCAUAUUUUUAAUUCUUGUGAUUCUAGGAGGGAUUGUCAUUGACAAAAAUGACCUUGAGCCAUGGAUAUCAUGGGGCUACUAUAUUUCUAGUAUAACUUAUGGACUAAAUGCCAUAGUUAUGAAUGAAUUUCUUGAUGAAAGAUGGAGUGUGCCAAAUCAAGAUCCCAGGAUUAAUGAGCCCACAGUUGGGAAAGCCCUCCUCAAGGCCAGAGGCAUCCCUACAGAAGAAUAUGAAUUUUGGAUUUGCAUUGGAGCACUUUUUACAUUUUCUCUUCUUUUCAACAUCUUAGUAAUUGCAGCUUUGACUUAUCUGAAUCCUCUAGGAGAUUCUAAAGCUGUUGUUCCAAAUGAAGAAAGUGAGAAAAGAAAAAUGAAGCCAUUUCAUAUAGUUGAUAAUAUGGCAGAGAACGGUUCUUUGAAAGCUGUUAGUUCUAACAUAGAUGCAGCAAAAAGAGGAAUGAUUUUGCCUUUCCAACCCCUUUCAAUUGCAUUUAACCAUGUCAACUACUUUGUUGACAUGCCUGCUGAAAUGAAGAGAAAAAAAUAUGAAGGAGACCGUCUUCAGCUGUUACGAGAUGUUAGUGGUGCUUUUAGACCGGGGAUACUAACAGCAAUAGUUGGCGUCAGUGGUGCUGGAAAGACCACUCUUAUGGAUGUCUUAGCAGGAAGAAAGACAGAAGGAUACAUUGAAGGAAGCAUCAGCAUUUCCGGCUAUCCAAAGAACCAAUCAACGUUUGCUCGAAUCAGCGGUUAUUGUGAACAAAAUGACAUUCAUUCUCCAAAUGUAACAAUCUAUGAAUCUCUACUCUAUUCGGCAUGGCUUCGCCUUUCUUCGAAUGUCAAUAUAGAAACAAGAAAGAUGUUUGUUGAUGAAAUUAUGGAAUUGGUGGAGCUUAAUCCAAUAAGAGAUGCUUUAGUUGGCCUUCCAGGCAUAAAUGGUCUUUCAACAGAACAAAGGAAAAGGCUAACAAUAGCUGUUGAAUUGGUUGCUAAUCCAUCCAUCAUCUUCAUGGAUGAGCCAACAUCUGGUCUUGAUGCCAGAGCAGCCGCCAUUGUCAUGCGAACGGUGAGAAACACUGUGGACACAGGUAGAACUGUUGUUUGUACAAUUCAUCAGCCAAGCAUAGACAUUUUUGAAGCUUUUGAUGAGUUACUAUUAAUGAAACUAGGAGGACAAGUGAUUUAUGCUGGACCACUUGGUCGCCAUUCUCACAAGCUCAUUAAAUUUUUUGAAGCUAUUCCAGAGAUUCCCAAGAUUAAGGAUGGUUAUAAUCCUGCUACAUGGAUGCUUGAGAUCACUGACCCUUUGUUUGAGGCUCAAAUUAAUGUUAAUUUUGCUGAAAUCUAUGCUGAAUCCUCACUUUACCAAAAAAACCAAGAGCUUAUCAAAGAGCUUAGUACUCCGGCACCGAGCUCUGAGGACCUUCACUUCCCUACCAAAUACUCACAACCAUUCCUUGUUCAAUGCAAAGCUUGUUUUUGGAAACAAAACUGGUCUUAUUGGAGAAAUCCUGAAUACAAUGCAAUCCGGUUCUUUAGUACCACAGUCAUUGGUGCUAUAUUUGGUAUUAUGUUUUGGAACAAGGGACAACAAAUGACCAAACAACAAGAUGUGGUAAAUAUUUUGGGAGGCAUGUUUCUUGCUGUGCUUUUUCUUGGAGGUAACAAUGCUAGUGCAGUGCAGCCUAUAGUUUUUAUUGAAAGAACAGUUUCCUACCGCGAAAGAGCUGCCGGAAUGUAUUCACCUGUGCCUUAUGCAUUUGCUCAGGUAGCCAUAGAGACAAUCUACACGGCAAUACAAUCUUUUGUUUUCUCAAUUAUUCUCUUCUUUGUGCUACGUUUCGAAUGUACCGUAGGAAAGUUCAUGUGGUUUUACUACUACAUGACAAUGUUCUUCACCUAUUUCACCAUGUGUGGAAUGAUGGUGACUGCAUUGACUCCAGGGAUUGAGGUUGCUGCCAUUGUCAUAUCCUUCUUCUUGAGUUUCUGGAACUUGUUUGCUGGAUUUUUCCUUUCUAGAAUGCAAAUUCCUAUAUGGUGGAGGUGGUAUUAUUGGGCUUCUCCAGUAGCUUGGACAGUGUAUGGCUUAGUAACCUCUCAAUUGGGUGAUAAAGAUAUUGAGAUUGAGGUCUAUGGAUUUAGUAACAGUAUUCCACUGAAGAUGUAUCUUAAGGAAAGUUUGGGCUUUGACUAUGACUUUCUUCAAAUUGUUGCCGUUGUUCAUCUAGCUUGGGUUUUACUCUUUUUCUUUGUAUUUGCUUAUGCCAUCAAGUAUCUCAAUUUCCAGAAAAGAUAGUUAAACUAUACUAUUGCAGUAGACCAAGUUCUCGUUACAACAAUACAAUCGAGAUACUUGAGUUUUUUUCCUUCCCAACAUAAUUGGUCAGGUUGAAUAAUACAAUCUUGAUCCUUAGUGAAUGGUCAAAAUAUGUAUCUUAUACCUUGCCCUAAUUAAUAUAAUAUAAUGCUAUGUUUUUAGGAAAA